AUCCGAUGCCACACCUCAACAGAUCAUUUAGCCAUGUUUGGUCCAUGGACGAUCUCAAGUUGUACUCCAAAACGCCUGCACAAUUGAGAAUCUUAUUCAUUUGUGUUGCAGUAUGAAGUUUGGGCUGGAGAAAUUCAAGAUGGGCGGCAUGAAAAGGGGUGCGUGGAACCUACAUCAGGAUUAUGGGGUUGAAGCGUUGAUGUUGUCCUUUUACGGCCAGAAGAUCGCCGACGAAGGUAAACGAACGGUCCGCAUUUGCUACAGAAGGCUUGGACGUAUGCAGUAUUUUCAAGUUGACAAUCCAUUCUUCCUAUUAGCCCAACACGCCACCUCUGAAAAUCUUCAUAUAACGGCUGCUGGAUUCUUUCCCAUCGACAACAGCACAUUGGUUUUCAUCGCCAUGACGGUUUGCACUUAUUUCAUUACUGCUUUGCAAGUCCUGUAA